CCGGACGGGACCAGUUGAAGGAAAGUCACUCGGAUCAUGUCAGGCAGAAACCCAGGAACGGAUCUGGAUCUCGCAUGGAUCUCCAGAGCGCAGGUGAACCAGCCGGCGGUGCUGCGGCGAGCGGAACAAAUCCAGACACGACGGACGGUUAAGAAGGACUGGCAGGCUGCCUGGCUACUGAGAGCCGUGACCUGUAUCGAUCUGACCACCCUGUCAGGGGACGACACCCCAUCGAAUAUUCACCGGCUCUGCUUUAAAGCCAAGCGCCCAAUCAGAGACGAUCUGCUGCAGGAGCUGAAAGUAGAAGAUUUAGGUAUCACCAAUGGAGCUGUGUGUGUCUAUCCUGCCCGGGUGGGAGAUGCUGUCCGAGCCUUGAAAGAGAUUGGCUGCAACAUCCCAGUGGCAUCAGUGGCCACAGGAUUCCCCGCUGGUCAGACCCCCCUGAAGACUCGCCUGGAGGAGGUCCGCUUGGCAGUUGAAGACGGAGCUUCAGAGAUUGAUAUUGUUAUUAACAGAACCUUGGCUCUAACUGGCCAAUGGGAAGCUCUGUACAAGGAGAUCCGCCUGUUCCGCCAAGCCUGUGGUGAUGCCCACAUGAAAACCAUCCUCGGAAUUGGAGAACUUGGCUCCCUCACCAACGUCUACCGCGCCAGUCUGGUCGCCAUGAUGGCAGGCUCAGAUUUUAUCAAGACCUCCACUGGCAAGGAAGGGGUUAAUGCCACCUACCCUGUGGCGCUGGUUAUGGCGCGGGCAAUCCGAGACUUCUACUGGAAAACUGGCACCAAGGUGGGCUUCAAACCCGCCGGAGGGAUUCGCAGCGCCAAGGAAGCUCUGGUCUGGCUCUCGCUCAUUAAGGAGGAACUGGGGGACGAAUGGCUGAACGCGCAGUUAUUUCGGAUCGGCGCCAGCUCCUUGCUGGGGGACAUUGAGAGGCAGAUUUACCACCAUGUGACUGGGAGGUACGCGGCCCACCAUGAUUUGCCGAUGGCCUGAGUCACCUGAUGGACGCGGGAACACAAGACGUUUUCUAAUUGGCCACAAGGAUGUCGGAAUAAUCGAAGGGAAAAUACAAUAAUAAUCCGUGUAUCGAGCGAACGACACAAGAAUGUUCCCCUGAGAGAAACCACAGGUUUGGGGGGGCUCCUGGCUGAACGAGGGGCUUGAGUUUGGAAACCUUCAUGGCAAGUCCUGUUGGACCCAACUGGACUAGAAUUCAGAUGUGUAACAUGGUGGCCCUUACUCCCACUCACCAUCCCAAGAGUAGAACCCUAAGUACUUGCUAAAAACCCUAGGUCUGUGCCCCCCAAAAUCUCAGGCUGAACUGGGGUCCCAUCAUGGACUCGUGCCUUGACCUUCCAUCAGGUUCUACCUGUUCUACCUCACAAUUCCCCAUCAUGCUUUGUUCUACCCAGUAGGGCGGGGCUGAUGUUAGGAGGCACAUGUUAGGGCCACAGUGGGUUUCACUCUAAUUAUACAGCCGGGGGGGGGGGGCCUUAGGGGCUGUUCUGUUCUGAUUCUGCCCCAGGAGUCACAAAUGCAUUUGGGUUUCUCAGUUACGUUUGGCGGAAGAAGAGGGAAUUUCCGCCAUGUCUUGUGUCUUUCUCAGGUACCGCCUGAUUGGCCCUGAUUUACCCCAAUAAUUGUUCUCUUAUAGCAGCAAAUAAAAUGCACUUUUUUACCAAG